GGCUGAAAGAGUGUUGCACUAGCAGACAAGGGGCCUGUCCUACCUUCGAAGGAACUUGCUUGGAGGGGCUCUUGGCAAGGGAAGCAGUGUGGCCUCCUCCAGUACAAUAUUCCCAGUUUUAAUUCAGGUAGAAGUGUUUCUGAAGACAUCUUGCUGUUGAACUGUCCAUUCAUUCCCUGAGGUUACCAGGAGCAUCAAUGGAGACAGUUGUGAUUGUAGCCAUUGGGGUAUUGGCAACCAUCUUCCUGGCUUCUUUUGUGGCUCUGGUUGUGGUAUGUAGGCAACGUUACUGCCGACUCAAGGACUUUUUGAAUCAUUAUGAUACCAGGCCUAUUGUUGACCUAAUUGGCACGAUGGAGACACAGUCUGAACCCUCUGAAUUGGAGAUGGAUGAUGUGGUAAUAACCAACCCACAUAUUGAAGCAAUCCUGGCAAAUGAGGACUGGAUUGAUGAUGCUUCGGGCCUGGUAUCUCACUGCAUUGCUAUCCUAAAGAUCUGCCACACUCUCACUGAGAAGCUUGUUGCCAUGACAAUGGGGUCAGGAGCUCAAAUGAAGUACCCAGCAAGCCUGAAUGACAUUAUUGUGGUAGCCAAACGAAUCAGCCCAAGGGUAGAUGAUGUGGUUCGAUCUAUGUAUCCACCACUGGACCCCAAACUGUUAGAUGCUAGGACGACGGCGCUGCUGCUCUCGGUGAGUCACUUGGUGCUGAUCACGCGGCAUGUCUGCCAAUUCCCCAGCCGCAUGGACUGGAUCGACCAAUCCUUGUCCGCGGCGGAGGAGCACGUGAGCGUGCUGCGCGAGGCAGCCCUGGCUUCGGAGGCGGAGCGAGUUCCUUCUGGGUCGGAAGGCUUUCUGCAUGAGCAGUCUACAAUUUGAGAGCAAGGGGAAGAGGGCAGGGGGCGCGUUGUCGUAAAUGGCUCUGGGCUUCCUCUUCGUCGUUGAGUAUUGAGCAGCGUUGAUGAUUUGGCACAAUGUCUGUUAUCCUGAGGAUGAUAGAAGCGCCACCUCCACUGUUCUAGACUUUCAUCUGGAUUAGUGACUCUGAGAUAUACUCGUGCUGGAGCGGUAGAACUGGGAAGGAGGACAUAGUGUUAUUGUUAGUACUUUUUGUCAGCAAUCAGAAAUAUUUUGACUGUGGCAUUUGUUGUUAAUUAUAGUUAACAGCCAAGAAAAAAAGGAGGGAGUUAUAUAUAAAUAGACCUCGAUUUAAGAUCACAAUUGAGCCCAAAAUUUAUGUUGUUAAGCAAAGCAGAUGUUAGAUGUCUUUCUCCGUUUUACGAUUUUUCUUGCCACACUUGUUAAACAAAUCACUGAAGGUGUUAAAUUUGUAAUACAGUUGUUAAGUGAACCUGAUUUCCCCGUUGACUUAUCAGAAUAUUGUAAAAGAUAAUCACUAGGACACUGCCAUGCAGUCCCCAUAAAUACAUGCCAGUUGCAAAAUGUCCGUAUUUUGAUCAUGUGAU